GCUCACAUACUGGUUGCAAUCAGAGGGCGUCUCUCUUCUCUGCUCCUCCUGCCCUUGAUCUUUGACAGCGAAGGCUUGGGAAGGGUGAAGCAGCACACGGUUAGCCGUUCACCCACUGGUUUGGGGUCCUUGGGCCCGGGAGAGGUGUCGUCCUCUUUGCCCUACUCCUGCCCCGGUGCCUAGUGUCCCUAUGGUGACAACCUAGGUGCUGAACUGAAUCCAAAAGCAGGGGCUGCGCACGAUGGCCAUAAAGGCCGCGCGGGCGCCGGAGGAGGACCGGCGCUGCCCCGCACUGACCCCCGCACUGACCCCCGCACCGUCUCCCAGCGGCACUCUACCGGGCCAUGCCCCCUGCGGUCCUCCCCGCCCGCGCGACGGGCGACAGGUGGUGCGGGCCCCGCCGCUCGCCUGGAAAUGCGAGCUACCUGGGCAGGAUGCACAGAAACCCUCAGCACCCAGCUAUGGGCCAAAGACACCAUCAGGCCAAAAGAUGAAGGCUCCCCUGUCUCGGUCAUGGAAGCAGGACCGUGAGCAGACUCUGGCGGCAACUUAUGUGCCGGUGGUGGUGGGCCAGAAUUCGGACAAGCUCAGGUUCAAAUUCUACAGCUCCCAGUACUCCAACUCCCUGAGCCCCUUCUAUACCUUGCAGAAGCCCUUCUGUGGCUACCCGUACCACCGGGACACCGACCACAGCCGCAAGCGCUUCGACGUGCCUCCUGCUAACGUGGCUUUGUGGCGUUCCUAGUCCUGUGCCCACCAGAAGCCCCCGCCUGCUCCCCUGACCCCCAGGGUCCCUGGGCCUCAGGCAGUGGACCUCGCCUGGGCUAGGGCAGCUGGGACAUGCCCACUCUCAACGCUGGCUAAGGGAGUUCUCUCUCCUCAACAGCAAUUAAAGUUUGUUCUUCCUUUCCCUGGCAUCUGAACAGGUGACUGUGAAUGGGUAAACUGAAGCCAUAGGGGUGUUUUACAGCAAGAUCACGUUCAGAAGGGUCUGAAAACUUGGAAGGACUUGACUCUGAGUCCCCUCACCCCAAGAGAAACCCCUACUCCCCUUCAGAGCCUCUGCUGGUCAUACCGUCCCCAUGGUCCAGGCUGGGCAGACCCGCCAGAGACCAGAAAGGGAUACAUCAGCUGACCACACCCCCGGCUCUGUAUGAGGCCCUCUCGACCAACGCUGGAGCGGCCCCUGGAGCCUGGGGAAGUGAUGUAGGGCGUGAGCCCCACUGCAAGGGGCUUCCUCUCCAGGCCGGGUUUUAUAUAAAACAGCCGCAUGUGACUUGCUGUUUACUGAAGGGGGAUGGGAUGGAUUUCCCAUCUCAAGUGUUUCCUCUGGUCCGGAAGAACUGCCUCCGAGGUUACUUAGGCUCAUGGGCCGUGGUUCUUCGAAAAAGGGGGUGAAGGCAGAGAGUACUUGACCCAUAGUAUCGGCCUGAGUGAGUCCCUGGUCACUGCCAAUCAAGGAACCGUGGGAUCUGGACCAGCUCUGACCGGCCCCUGAGCACCAACGGUGGGCCGCUCCUCCCAUUCCACAGUCUGCGGCUUCACGUUGGUAGCUUGAAAUUGGCUGUGGGAGUGAUUACACCAUGGAAGUCAGCAAACACCUACAAACCGUUUCCUUCUCCAGAGAGUCAGUGAAGUACCCACCAGCACUGAGAGGGUCUAACUGCUUUCAUUUCUUGGGGUCGAGGCCCAUCCCAGGUCUGCCGUGGAGUGUGCUUCCACGGCACGUGAGGUUGGGGCUGACGCAGACAGCAGGGCAGGGGGUCUGGGGGCUCCGCAGGGAGUUUCUGCAGUGGCCAGGCCUCCCUGGAGCCUUGUCCGAGAAGACGCUGGUGAGGAAGACCGUGGCCCACCUGAGGGUUGCCUGACCAGCCUGGAAUCCGGGGGGUGGGUUGUUAUGGGCUCUCUCUCAAGUUAGAGGUUUUCCUCAGAUGUCUGGGGAUUCGGGCUGGAACAGGCCAGCUGGCAUCUGUACCUGGGCGCUCCUGUCUGGAGGUGGGUAUUUGAGGAGCUAGCACAGGAAGGAGCUGGAGUGAAGGGUGUCUCACUCAUCCCUUAACACCCCAAAUUUCAGAGCAACCCUCCUGCCUUCCUGAGUUGUGCCCAGAGGCCAGGGUUUCCCGGGUUCUAAUCUCCAGAAUAACCUCUGGCUGGGGUCAGAGGGCACAGACACCCCAAGGUGCCUGUCCUGCUGCCUGGCAGAGGGCAUCUGGGGAGGCGAUUGCUUCCACCACAGACUUUCCACCAGUCCUUUCAGGGCGCCCUCUGCCCCUGAAACCGGACGGCAACCACGUUUGGGGCCCGUGCUGCCUGUCGUCACGUCACCCUCAGCCAAAAAGCAGAGACGAACUGGGUUAUGAUUGCUCCCUCAUUAACAGUAGAGGCCAGCAGUCUGAGAAGGUGGAGGGUAAAAACCCUCACAUCCACCUUCCCUCGAGCUUUGGGAAGCAAGUUUACAUAGGGGAAACGUGGGGAUUCGGGAGCAGGGAUUCCUGGGGGGGCACAGGCCUGCUGUUCCUCUUGGCAGUAAGGGGAGGAGGGGCUGGAAGUGGAGGGGAGUCGAGCAGCCUCUUCCCCAGCUGGCACCCUUUGCCCCGGCGACGUCUGUCCGUUUGCAUUAGCGUUCCUCUCUUCCCUUGGACACCUGCGGUUUAUGGCCGGGGAAGCUAAAUAUUUUUGGGUUAGGGAAGAGAGGUAUGAACUAUUGUCUCUCAAGUGUCCUUGGUUUGGGGAGAUAAGGCCUUGCAAUUCACCAGCUGGCUGUAUGUUGCUCAAACUGUUUGGCCUUGUUUAAUUGUCUUGCCUCAGUUUCCCCAUUUCACUCGCUCAGGAAUUUUCCUAGCUUCUUACGCUCCUGCCUCAACCCCCACCUCCUGAGCCUCCUGAGCCGGGAGCAGGCUUUGUGACUGUGCCAA